AAAGUUUUAAAACCAGAAUUUUACGUUUUAUAUUUUUCCAUUUUAGUGUAGGAAGAAUGAUGAUGGAGACCCAGCUGUUGUUGCUGCAAAGGACCCUUUUAUGGAUGAUUUGUAAAUGUAGGAAAAAUGAUGAUGGAGACACAACUGUUGUUAUUGAAAAGGACCAUUUUAUGGACGAUUUCUUCCAUCAGGUUGAGGAGAUCAGAAACAGUAUAGCUAAAAUAGCUCAGUAUGUUGAAGAAGUAAAGAAAAACCACAGCAUCAUUCUUUCUGCACCAAACCCAGAAGGAAAAAUAAAAGAAGAACUUGAAGAUCUGAACAAAGAAAUCAAGAAAACUGCUAAUAAAAUUCAGACCAAGUUAAAAUCUAUUGAACAAAGUUUUGAUCAGGAUGAGAGUGGGAACCGAACGUCAGUGGAUCUUCGGAUACGAAGAACCCAGCAUUCAGUGCUAUCUCGAAAGUUUGUGGAAGUCAUGACAGAGUACAAUGAAGCACAGACUCUAUUUCGGGAGCGAAGCAAAGGCCGGAUACAGCGUCAGCUAGAAAUAACUGGAAAAACUACCACUGAUGAUGAACUAGAAGAGAUGCUGGAAAGUGGGAAUCCCUCCAUUUUCACGUCAGAUAUUAUAUCAGAUUCACAGAUUACUAGACAGGCUCUCAAUGAAAUUGAGUCACGCCAUAAAGACAUUAUGAAGCUGGAGACCAGCAUCCGAGAACUGCAUGAGAUGUUCGUGGACAUGGCCAUGUUCGUUGAGACUCAGGGUGAAAUGAUCAACAACAUAGAAAAAAACGUUAUGAAUGCCACAGACUACGUAGAACAUGCUAAAGAAGAAACGAAAAAAGCUAUUAAAUAUCAAAGCAAAGCAAGAAGGAAAACGAUGUUCAUCGUUGUUUGCGCAGUUCUUCUGCUUGUGAUCCUUGGAAUUAUCCUGGCAACAACAUUGUCAUAGCAACUGUGUCCCAAGAGCCGUUUAUCCUUGGAGUCCGACCACAUCUGCAGCAAAUGCGCCGCCUCCCAUUUCAUGAAUGAAUCCUAGACAUUGUGACACGUGGCAUUGAGUGCUGACUUUUUAUUAGUGAAUUCAAGGAGAAAACACAACAGAAUGUAUUGUUUGGUGAGAAAAGCAGAAUGGAUGUGAUGAGUUAACCCAAACAUCCUCGGACUCUACAUAACACACCACAAAAAAUUAACAAUGUGAAACUGGUUUCAAUGGCCUUAAAAUAAGGAAUUAUUGAAAUUUUCAAUUUUUUUUAUAUUUCAGUGUUAAAAAUGUAUGUGAGGUUUAUUUAGGAAUGUCUUAUGUGAUGAAGCUAUUAGAUGUGAGGUCUAAGACUUUCUUCCCUCUCCCAGCUAACAUGCUGAUUGAGACGUUUUUGUACUGUGUUUAAUUUGUGUUUACGUUUGCAAAAAUUAUUUUUAUUAUCACAGAGCUGUUUUGUAAGAUAUCUAUAAUUUUAAAUGUUUAUAAAUUGUUUAAUAUAUUAACAUCUUAAUUUACUCCAAUUUUAUAUAUUAACUAUUGCCUUUUAAAACAAAUAGGAAGGUUCAUGAUAUUAGAGCCAUUUUUGCACAGUUGUUUACAAAGUUUGCCAUCGGCCUAGAAGACAUUGGUUGCAAGGUUCCCCAAAAAGCCUUUCUAGUUAGUGCCUUCUGUUAAAAUUGAUUUAUAAGGUUUAAAUGCGCCCAACACCCUGCGGGAAAAGCUAGAUUAUUGUACUCAGCUCCAUUUCUAGCUGUUUCAUUACCCAAGAUAAUAAAUUAGUUACUGCACUGUAAAGACAAUGGUCUCUUCUUUUACUCAUUACAAAAUAAGGUUUGUGAUUCCCUGUUUACACUAAUAAAGUCUCAAUUUAAGAUGGUGAUAAAACCACAUUUUAAACUCAAGGGGAUUAUGCCCAGACAUUAAGUAAUUCUUUUAAAUUUCAACAGUUGUACAGAUCACCUAAAUGUUCUUGUUCAGUACCUCCUCUUCUGCUGAACUUUAAAAGUUAAUUCCCAAAGUUUACAGGAAUCUAUGAUAAUUAACAUUUUUAUUACUCAUUAUUUUUAGUAUAAUAUACUUUAUUUUUAGACUGUAAAAUGUAUGAAAUCUUACUAGUGAAUGGACAUCUAUAAGAUAGCAUCUCGUCAAAAUUUUAAAUGAAUAUGUGAAGGAUACUCAAAAUAUAGUUAACUCUUGUUACUUCUGUAUGUGAUUGUGUAAGCACAAGACUGUAUUUUAACAUUGGCUUGAAAACUAAUAUAGAUACGUUUGAUUGCAAACUGUAAGUAUGAAUUACAUUGGACCGUUUAGAAACUGUGUUCCUUAUUCAGUACAGUUAUGAAUUUCACUCAUUCAUACUUUAUACAUCUGACUGCUUAGCUUAGGCUUAAGUCUGUAUUUAUGCAUUUUAUUUACUUGCUGGUCAUCACUGUGUAGUCAGAAUUCCUAUAGGAGUAUCCUGGCUCUAGCAUAUAUAUUUCUUAAAUCUUUAAAAAGCCUGUCAGUGGGACAUGCUCCCUGAUUUGUGCUUAAGUUGAAGGUGUGACUUGUCCUGAAGGAUAUUUAAAUAUCUAGAGCUCAUGCUUGUAUUAAUGUAACUUUUGUACAUUCAAACAUUUGCCUGUAUGAUUAUGUCCCUGUGCGGAGGAACUUUGUGCUCCCCAUGUCCCACUUUUCCCUUCAAGUUAAGUCUUUUUAGUCCCCACCUCUCAUAAUAAUUCUUACUGUAUUUUUUCAAGACAUUCUUUCUGGAUUUGAAGUACUUACUGAAUCUGUGUUUUAUAGUUGAAGAUAUGGAAGUGCUUUUUGAUUUGUACUUAGGUGUUCAAGUCAUCCAUCAGGUAACAUAUUUUGUAUGUCUGAGCCUCAUGUACCUAUUUGAAAUCAGAUUUUUAAAAAUACAUAUACAGGGGCCUCCCUGGUGGCGCAGUGGUUGAGAGUCCGCCUGCCGAUGCAGGGGAUACGGGUUUGUGCCCCGGUCUGGGAGGAUCCCAUAUGCCGCGGAGCGGCUGGGCCCGUGAGCCAUGGCCGCUGGGCCUGCGCAUCCGGAGCCUGUGCUCCGCAACGGGAGAGGCCACAACAGUGAGAGGCCCGCAUACCGCAAAAAGAAAAAAAAAAAAAAAUACAUAUACAGGUUCAUUUGUUACCUUUUAUCAUUUCUUCAAAUAUUUCAUGUUUACAUUAAAAAAAAUCUCAGAGAACCAAAAAAGAAAUAUUUACUUUCUGCCUCGUGUUCAUUUCUGGAAAGAUUUUUGGGGAGAUAUUUUAU